AUGGACCAGUAUUCGAGAAUGUGGGAGAGGAAUCGAAAAGUUCCUGAAGCCGUUGAAAAAUGUCUUCACGAUGUCAUCUCGUCAAAUGCUAUACACCACAAGGAUAGACCGGCUGUCCACGCCUGGGAUGGCGACUUGACGUAUGGUGAACUGGAUGAGCUUUCUUCGCGACUUUCCUCACAGCUUAUGAAGCAUGGAGUUGGUCCUGAAGUGACGGUGCCGCUAUUUUUCGAGAAAUCUAUGUGGACGGUGGUGGCUGUUGUUGGCGUGCUCAAGGCCGGGGGGUCCUUUGCACUUGUCGACAUGAGCCUUCCCAAAGCUAGGCUUCAGGCGAUUAUUGAUCGCUGCCAGGCCAAAGUCGUCUGCUCCUCAGAAUAUCAUAUGGAACUGUCCACUAGCAUGACCAGUCAAGUUGAAGUUGUCGGGCCCCGAUCUCAACUGCGAUGGCUACAAGCCUCGGAAGCGAAACGCGCUUCAAACCCUUCCUGGCCCAUGUAUGUCUGUUUCACUUCCGGCAGCACUGGAGUUCCAAAGGGAAUUGUCAUUACACAUGCCAGUUUUUACACUGCCUUCCACCAUCAAGCACAUCUUCUCGGGUUCAGUCCCGAAUGCAGGACAUUCGACUUUGCCUCUUACAGCUUCGAUGUUGCAGUACAUAAUGUCAUGACCACCUUGGCGAUUGGUGGUUGUCUCUGCAUACCGUCCGAUGCAGAUCGGAAAACGAAUUUAAAUGAGGCCAUCAAUCAAAUGCAAGCAACUAUUAUCAACCUAACGGCGACAGUCUCGAGGCUGUUACGACCGAAACAAUUGACAACCUUGAAAACAAUCCUGUUUCUGGGAGAAGCCGUUAAUUUGUCGGAUAUCAAACGAUUCUGGGAUCAUUUCACAGUUAUUAAUACAUAUGGUCCUGCCGAAUGCACUCCAAUAAGCACCAUAAACCUUCACUCUAAUACACCUGUUGCGGCAACUGGAAUCGGUGCUGGUUACGGUGUCCUGACUUGGAUUACCAACCCCGAUGAUCACCAUCAACUGGUCAAGGAUGGUGAAAUUGGUGAAUUGCUCCUAGAAGGUCAUGUCUUAGCUCGGGGCUAUCUGAGAGAUGAAGAAAAGACCGCCGCCGCUUUUAUCGAAAACCCACAGUGGCUUGGUCGAGGGUCUAGCCUUUGUGCUGGUCGUGAAGGGCGACUCUAUAAGACGGGAGAUUUGGUACGGCUAUGCGAGGAUGGAAGCUUGCAAUUCAUCGGUCGAAAGGACACGCAGGUCAAAAUUCGCGGUCAGCGACUCGAACUAGGAGAAGUUGAGAGUCAUGUCAGCAAUAUCAUGCCUUUUGCGCCGCAAGUUGUCGCCGAAGUCAUUAUGCCAGGCGGCGUGAAGGAGAAAGCUAUGCUCGCCGUCUUCUUUACUUCAAAUGAUCAUGAAGCAGACGCGGAGGGGGACACUCUGGAUAGUAGUGUUUCUGUGGUAGCUGCUGGUAUCGAUCUCGUUCAGUUCUCCCCUAAUGCCGCACAACAACUGCGAGAUUCUCUGCCAAUCUACAUGGUGCCUGGUGCUCUCUUCCGCAUGAAGUCGAUUCCGCAGACGCCAUCCGGAAAGACAGAUCGCAAGGCACUCCGAGAAAUUGGCAACAACAUCUCUGCUCAAAAGCUGGCACAGAUGCGAACCUCUACUGAGGGUGAAAAACGACAACCCCGAUCGGCCGUCGAGAUCCAGCUCCAGCGUGUCUGGUGUACGGUGCUGGAGCUAUCGAGCAGCGAUAUUGGCUUGGACGACAGCUUCUUCUUACUCGGCGGUGACUCGCUGGCUGCGAUGAGACUAGUUGCUGAAUUGCGCAAAGUCAUGCUUGACGUUAGUGUGGCCGAGAUCUUCGAGCAUCCACUAUUGAGCCAUUUGGCCAGGGUUAUUCGCGCCGUCGAUGCCGAUGCUGCAGAAGAGUGGGUUGUGGCGUCGUUCUCGCUGAUCACAGACGCUACAGGCGCUGUGGCUUGUGGGGAGGCUGAAGCAACGACGCGUCUUCGUGGCCAGCUGGCAGACCUUUGCGUGGGCAAUGUUUCUACAACUGAAAUUGAAGACGCAUUUCCAAGCACGCCAGUGCAACAGGGAUUGCUCUCCCUUACGGAGAAAAGUGUUGGAGGCAAUGAUUAUACUCUACAGGCUGUUCUUGAACUGGCAUCGGGCGUCGAUGUCGCCCGAUUCAAAGCGGCAUGGGAAGCAACAGCAGCUGCACUUUCGAUAUUGCGAACCCGACUUGUUUACCAUGAGACAUACGGAUCUUUGCAAGUAAUUGUUAUGGAACAGAUCUCAUGGCAGGACGGCAAUGUUCUUGAGGACUAUCUACAAAACGAUAAGAGCAAGCCCAUGCAUACUGGGGAUAAGCUGGCUCGAUUCGCGAUUGUCGAGAACAAAUACUUUGUUUGGACGGUACACCAUUCUCUGUACGACGGAUGGUCACUAGCCAUCAUCUUGAAAACGUUAAGUGAGGCGUACAGAUCCUCUUCGCCCAAUGGUUUGAGCUCUCAGGCGCCUUUCAACUUGUUUGCAAAAUAUGUCUCCGAUAAUCACAAGAAUCUUACCUCAGCAGAGACAUUUUGGAAGGCCUACUUUCAAGAUGGCGAAUUCACACCAUUUCCGGCCUUACCCCGACAUGUAUCGCAGCCGAAACCCAACACCUUUGUAGAAACCGACCUUGUUAUUGCUCCUAGGUCCGACAUUACUAUGUCUACAGUCCUCCGCGCAGCCAUUGCUAUAACUUUGGGACAGUACACUGGGUCUGAGGAUGUCGUGUUUGGUGCUGUUUUAUCCGGACGUAGCGCUCCUGUGCCUGGUAUCGAUUCAAUGGCUGGGCCGACUAUUGCCACUGUACCACUGCGCGCCCAACCGCUUCGCACCUCUCUUGUACAAGACUUUCUCAACCAAUUACAGCGCGAUGCUACAGACAUGAUGAAGUUCGAACAGACAAGCUUGAAAAACAUCUCAAAGUUCAAUUCAGACUGCAAAAUGGCUUGUGACUUUCAAACUCUAUUGGUGGUUCAGCCAGAGGAGAAUGACUUCAAAGACGACGAAGUUAUUGGGCACUGGCAAAUAUCAUCACUCAAGGAAUUCACCACAUACGCCAUCACGAUCGAAUGUUUUCUCAAGGCAAAUGGAAUGUCUGUUCGGGCUGGCUACGAUAAUAGCAUCAUCAGUCCAGCCCAGAUGAGCAUUAUUUUGGAACACUUCACAACUAUGGCCCAGCGUUUGAUCAACGCAACUCCAACCCAAACUAUUAUGGACCUCGGUGAACUGACAAAAUCAGACAAUGAGCGGAUUUGGAGAUGGAACUCCCAAAUCCCCGCACGAAUUGAUAAAUGCAUUCACCAACUGAUCCACGACCAGGCACUUAGCGAGCCUGAAGCCCCAGCUGUGACUGGCUGGGAUGGAAACUUCACAUAUUCACAACUUGAAGCAUCUGCGAGCUCUUUGGCCCGCAAGCUGGUCAAACUCGGUGUUGGGCCAGAGACGAUAGUGCCACUUUGCUUUGAGAAGUCAACAUGGGCAAUUGUUGCCAUGCUGGGAGUGCUACAAGCUGGCGGAGCCUUUCUUCCUCUAAAUCCUUCAGAAGCGGAAGAUCGUCGAGCCGACAUUCUCAAGCAAUCAAAUGCAUCCAUAGUAUUGACUUCAAAAAAGUACAAAAACAUUAAGCUCCUUCGAGGAUGUCUUACGCAAGUCGUCGAUGAGAUGAGUCUGAAGGACUCCGACUCACCUGGAAGAGAAUCACCUCUGCCUUGUUUAGAAACGCCUGAAUCUCCAGUAUAUGUCAUUUUCACAUCCGGAAGUACUGGUCAACCGAAAGGUGUCGUCUUGGAACAUUCCGCGGUUGCAACUAGCUGCACUUAUCAUGGAGAAAGAUUCGGCUUCAGUCAAAAGACGCGGAUGUUGCAGUUUGCUUCGUAUACGUUUGAUGCAUCCAUCAUUGAAAUUAUUACGACGUUGGUCUUUGGAGGUUGUGUUUGUGUACCUUCUGAACAAGAUCGCCUGGGAGAUAUUAGUGCAUCCAUGACUUCUAUGGCUGUAAACUCCGCUCUGUUAACACCUACCGUCGCCCGGACCUUGCAGCAGAGCAGUCUUCCCUCACUAACAACACUUAUUUUCGGUGGCGAAGCAGUUCGGGACUCCGACUAUGCCCAAUGGAAUUCAAUUCCACUCUUGAUUAAUGCUUAUGGACCCACAGAGUGCGCUGUUACAACAGUCAUCGGCCGAUACGACGCGACGAAUACAAAGCCAAGCAGCAUUGGAACCGCAGUUGGAUGUGCGGCAUGGGUCGUGGACAAACAUGACCAUAACAAGUUGAUUGCUAUUGGUGGUGUUGGUGAACUCCUCUUGGAAGGCCACGUCCUUGCUCGUGGCUACCUGAAUAACGCUGAGAAAACUGCAGCAGUGUUCAUUGACUCGCCUUCAUGGUUAAGCAAAGGGUGUAUCAGCCAAUCGAUCAAUGGGCGUAAUGCUAGACUUUACAAAACUGGUGAUUUGGUCCGUUUCAAUGAUGAUGGAAGCAUAAGCUAUGUUGGACGCAAAGACGCACAGGUCAAAAUUCGAGGCCAGCGUCUUGAGUUGGGCGAAGUUGAAUAUCAGCUGAAAGCCUGUUUGGCCAACGCUGGAGACGUCGUUGCUGAUAUGGCUGUUCCUUCACGCAGCAAAGGCGAGCCUGUGCUAUCCGCCUUCUUUACCAUGAAUGUUAGCUCUUCAGCCAAAGCACCAUUCGAGGUUUUGCACACGAUUACACCUGAAGUUGGAGUGGUCCAACUGACCUCUGAUGCCGAAACAACCAUCGCACAGAAGCUUCCCUCAUACAUGAUACCCAAAAUAUUCCUUCAUAUCUCCAAGAUGCCGCUUAUGCCGUCUGGCAAAGCUAAUCGAAAAGAGUUACGAAGAAUACUCAUGUCUGUACCUCGCGAGAACUGGUCGAAGAUACAAUCAAGCGCUGCAAACGGUGCCAUUGCAGAACCAAAAACCGAUGUUCAGCGGUCCAUGCGCGCUAUUUGGGCGCGGAUUCUCAACUUGAAGCCUGAGAAUAUUGGAAUAGACUCUAGUUUUUUCCAAGUUGGAGGUGAUUCGAUCGCAGCCAUGCAGCUGUCUGCUGCCAUUAGACUGUCCUUGGGAAAUGUGUCUACUCCUGAUAUCAUGCAAAAGAAAACUAUUCGAAAACUUUCAGCGAUGCUUCAAACCAGUACCCCGAUCGAAGCAGCACUUACAUCGAAGGAUACAAGUUCACCGAGUACCCCAUCACAUCAGUUGUUUGAACUGAGUCCGAUCCAGAAUUUGUACACGAAGUUGGAGCCAGAUCCCCGCCGCUGCUUUGAUCAGCACUUCUUUCUUCAAACCAGCUCGAGGGUUUCACCCUCAGCGUUUAAAUCGUCUUUGAGAGCUGUUGUGGCUAGACAUCCUAUGCUCAGAUCACGCUUCAGCCAGGACAAAAACGGAAGAUGGAUGCAAAGAGUGACAGACGAUGUUGUCCACUCGGUCCAGGUUUGCCAUGCUGGUCGACAGGACAAACCUUUAUCUCCGGAACAAAUGGCGCUACUGAUUGCCCACGAUAGAGAUAUGAUCGAUAUUGAAAAUGGACCGCUUACAGUGGCUUUGCUAAUUGAAGGUCACGGAGUUCAGAAUAUCUUUAUUGCGGUUCAUCAUUUAGUCACUGAUCUUGUAUCUUGGCGAAUUAUUCUGCAAGAAGUUGAGCAAUUCCUCCAGGAUGGCAAAAUUCUCUCUCCUCCAUCUCAAUUGACCUACCAGACAUGGCUGAAGAUGCAGCAACAACACUCUGGCCAGUAUCUUACCAAUGGAGAUCUUGCCAACCAUAAGUCCCACGACUCAGUGUCACAGCUUAUGGGCUCAUACUGGCAGAUGGAUAUGUCAAAGAAUAUCGAGGGUGCGACGAAGACAAUCUCUUUCGAUUUGGAUCAUGUUACGAGCAGACGUCUCCUUGGCGAAUGCAACAAAUCUUUUGCAACGCGGCCCGCGGAGCUCUUCAUUGCCGGACUUGUUUCAGCUUUUACAACUAUCUUUACAGAUCGAGCAGCGCCGGCGGUAUUCAUGGAAAGCCACGGAAGAGAGCCAUGGGACCCCGCAAUCGACCUUUCUAGUAUUGUAGGAUGGUUUACCGCGAUGUAUCCUGUUGAGACCGAUAUCAACUCCAACACGACACUGACUGAUGCAGUCAAGCGCGUGAAGGAUUCAGCGAGAUCUGAUCGGAGCAACGGAUGGGAAUAUUUUACAUCCAGAUUCGCGACUGAUUCUGACGCGCAAAGACAUGUGAAGAACUUCCCUGUUGAAAUUAUGUUUAACUAUGAAGGCUCUUACCAACAAUUAGAACGGUCGGAUGCUCUCCUUCGACUUGCAAAUGCCCCGUUGGACUGUGCAGCAAGCUCUUGGCAAGAAUUGACUAGAUUCUGUUUGUUUGAAAUUGCAUGCCAGACAGAUCAUGAACAGCUGAAGUUCUCAAUCACCUAUCCUUUUUCCUUUGCUCAAGACGAAAAAGUUCAGUCUUGGGCUCAAGUUUAUGGAGAUAGGCUGCGAGAUCUUGCAGACCAGUUAUCGGUUGACACAGUUCACUGGACACUAUCUGAUUUCCCUAUGGCGUUCAAGACUUAUGAAGAUCUACAAUCCUUCGAGCAAAUGUCCUUGACUGAAUUUGGCAUCUCGGAUUUAUCCAAUGUCGAAGAUAUAUUCCCAUGCUCCGCAAUGCAACAAGGAAUUCUAGUCUCCCAGGGCCUGAACUCGAAUAACUAUCGAACUGUCCUUGGAAUAUCGAUCAACUGCAAGCGCCAAAUUGAUGUCAGUGAGGUACAAAGCGCUUGGCGACGCGUUGUUCUCCGUCAUUCUCUACUUCGGUCAACUAUUGUUCAGAACAUCCCUGGGUCGCUUGAAACGAUGCAGAUCAUUCUUCACAACCCAGAGCCUGCGAUCUCUAUCUUAGACGAAGCGGAAUGGGAUGUUCGACAAAAGAAUGCGACAGUCAACUAUACCUCUGAUAGUCUUCAACAUCAUUUAUCUAUUUACAAGAAGAGCGACCAGCAGGUAUGGUUGGACUUGGAGAUCAACCACGCUAUUGCAGAUGGGUACUCCGUCUACAACGUCCUACUCAGAGACUUGCGCUCUGCCUUGAUGAAUGAGCUUGACACGGAUGGACCGCUCUAUUCAAAGUUCAUUGAAUAUGUGUCAAAGCAGUCGCGUGAAGAGGAUUUGAAGUUCUGGGCUAAGCAUCUAGAACGCGCAGAACCAUGCUUUAUUUCGGGUACUGUCAAUAGUAGCAGCGUUGAAAAUGAGGCAGAAGCCUUCAUAGUUAACCUGGAAUCUUUGGACUCCGCUGCAAUAAGAGACUUUGCUCGACGCUCGGAUAUCACCACUGCCACUGUUAUCCAGGUGGCAUGGGCUAUGGUUCUCCAAAUGUACACUGGGCAAGCUACACCGUCUUUCGGAAUGCUUGUUUCUGGUCGUGAUACACCUAUUCCUAAUGUUCACGACAUCUUUGGCCCACUGAUCAAUAUCAUUCCCUGCACCGUGGCCUUCGAUGAGACGAACACCUUGGGCGAAACUCUCCAAAUCACUCAAUCCGACUAUAUUGAGAGUUUCCAACAUCAGACGAUACCACUGAUUGAGGUUCACAGAGCCCUUGGUGUUGGAACUUCUGGACUCUUCAAUAGUGCCAUCUCAUUCCAGAAGGGUGCUGCCCAGAAAGCCAAUUCAGACUCUGACUGGGAUCUCGAAUAUAUGUAUGUGAAGGAUCAAGUGGAGUUCGAUGUAUCUGUGGCUGUUGAUGAUCAAUACAAUGAUGAUGGAAGUGGCAUCAUGUCGAUAGAGCUUCUGUUUAAGGCCGGAUACAUCUCUCGAUCACAAGCAAAUCUCAUUGCUAAAUCCUUUACAACAUCGAUACGAUCAAUUAUCAGUGCGCAAGGAGAUUACCAGCUAUCAAAGCUCAACUUGCUUCAAUCUGAUGAUGAGCAACAACUGCGACAAUGGAGUUGUGCCGCAGAAAUUCCCCUUGUUGAAAGUUGUAUCCAUGACCUUAUCAAAGAGCAAGCCGUUGCAAAUCCUUUGUCUGAAGCAGUCUGUUCUUGGGAUGGGGACUUCACUUACCAAGACCUCGAUUUGGCUUCAUCGCAGCUCGCAUCGCAUUUGACUGCUGCUGGAGUCCUUCCUGAGACGGUUGUUCCUCUCUGCUUUGAAAAGUCUAAAUGGACUAUUGUAGCCUGGCUUUCUGUAUUGAAGGCUGGAGCCGCAUUUAUCUUGCUUGAUCCUAGCCUGCCGCAGGCCAGAAUAGACAAGAUUUGUGCUGUCGUUGAAGCAAAGGUUGCUAUUACUUCAUCAGCCAAUACAUCAAAGCUCUCAACCUCAGUUCGCAGCGUUGUCACGUUGAACGAAGCAUUCAUCCGCUCAAUAUCGACAUCAAGCAAUGCCUCUACAACUGCAGCGGUCAAGCCAAGUAGCAUCGCGUAUAUCAUUUUCACAUCUGGAAGUACCGGUGAGCCUAAAGGCGCAAUUAUCGAACAUCAGUCCUACGCAACAGCAGCCCUUCAUCAUGGCCAUGUAAUGCGUAUGAGCAAUCAGACUCGAUCCGUUCAGUUUGGUUCAUACAAUUUUGCAGGUGCUAUUAUGGAGAUGCUUAUGAUCUUGAUACAUGGUGGUUGUGUUUGUAUUCUAUCAGACGAAGAGCGCAGCCCACGAAACCUUGCUAUGGCCAUCACAACCCGCAAGGCAAACUGGGCAUUCCUCACUUCAACCGUACUGGCAUACCUAAAGCCAGAAGAUGUACCUACAAUGGAAACCAUUUGUGUUGGAGGUGAACACAUUCGAAGCUCCCAAAUUAAGCAAUGGUCUACCCAUGUACAUUUGCGACAAACGUACGGCAGCGCAGAAACCUCUGCUGUCGUUUCAUCGGCAUGGCUCAAUGGAACAGCCGCGAAUACUGAAGUUGGUAAACCUACGACCGGCCGCUAUUGGAUAACCCACCCCAAGGACAGUAAACAGCUUGUUCCCAUUGGAGUGCCAGGAGAAAUCUUGAUAGAAGGCGCAACGAUUGCACGAGAAUAUAUGGGCAAUCGGGAGAAGACUCUUUCAACAUUUAUUACGGCACCUCCAUGGCGCGCGGCGUUUGGCCCCGUAUCAACAGCAUCCCGAUUCUACCGAACUGGUGACUUGGGCGUCUUCCGUGAUGACGGAUCGAUUGAGCUUCUAGGCCGACGAGACACUCAAAUCAAGCUAAGAGGCCAGCGCAUUGAGGUUGGUGAGAUUGAGUAUCAAGCCCGCUUGGCUACACCACAAAUCAAAGAAGCAGCAGUUGAACUGGCCGCUCUUGGAGCUAGCUCCAAGGGUGGCCCAGAACUUAUUGGCUUCUUGGUCAUGGAAAACCAUGACGACCCUAUCGCCUCUGGUCCGCUGAUCCGAACAGUACAGGCCAAGCUUGAGCACUCUCUCCCUUACUUCAUGGUUCCAGCUCUGUUGAUUCCUAUUGCAAAAUUGCCUCUGACGGCAUCAGGAAAGACUGACCGUCGUCGGCUGCGCAUGAUGGUGGCCGCUCUGUCUACAGAUGAGGUGGAGGCUUUGUCACGCUUGACGCAAGGAGAUAUACGUAAACCGACAACGGAGGCUGAAUUGAGAAUGCAGAUGCUUUGGUCCGAAGUUUUGGGCGUCGCCAAGGAGAGCAUCGGUUUAGAUGACAGCUUCUUCAGACUUGGAGGAGAUUCUGUCGCUGCGAUGAGGCUUGUUGGUGCGGCAAGGAAGAUGAACGUUGCGAUGACAGUUGCCGACAUCUUCAGACAACCUACCCUUGCCGUUCAGGCCCAAACUUUAGGUGAAAGCAUGCAGCCUCUGGAGACUCUAACAAUUAAGCCAUUCGAUCUUCUGGGACUCGUGGGUGGCCAAAUCACAGAAUUCUGUGAGACUGUCAGUCUCCUGUUCAAAGACAACACUGAAGCCUCAAUUGUCGAAGACGCUUACCCGUGUACACCCCUUCAAACUGCACUUCUUUCAGCAACAAUGAAAGGCGAAGGUGGUGACUACAUGCUUCAAUUGAAGCUAGAAUUAUCAGAUGAUAUUCAUCUCGGCCUAUUCAAGGAUGCUUGGGACACUGUUGUGGAAAAGACACCAACACUUCGCACACGAGUCGUUCAACAUACACAGUUCGGUCUCGUACAAGUUGUUUUUGGUCAGCCUAUUCCCUGGAAAGAAUUCAACAUUUCCCUUUCUCAGUACAUUGAGAACGACAAACAAACUGCGAUGGAUUUGGGAGACAACCUUUUGAGGCUGGCCAUUAUCAAUGACGGCCAUAAACGAUGGGCUCUUUGUACCAUUCAUCACGCCAUCUACGACGGUGUUUCACUGCCCAGAAUUCUGGAGCUGGUUGGUUCAUCCUACAAUGGCGAAAUUAUUGAGCCCAGUAUUCCGUUCAAUUCUUUCAUCAGCCACAACGUCAAAUUUGACGACGAGGCCUGCAAAGGAUUCUGGACAAAAUACCUAGGUGGAAGUGGUUCAGCCACCUUCCCUAUUUUACCUCCAUCUAUUAAUGAACCAAAGCCUGAUAAGAUCGUCGAAUUGGCUAUUGGUCUUCGAGGCUCUGGCAAGAAAUUCACAUUGUCAACCUUAGUACGUGGUGCCCUUGGUCUGACUCUCGCACAAGCAACAGGCUCUGACGAUAUCGUCUUUGGUGCCCUUGUUUCCGGAAGAGAUGCCCCCAUUCCCGGCAUCGAAGAUAUGCUUGCUCCAACUAUUGCCACAGUUCCAAUCAGACUGCAGGUUGCUAAAGACACUAAAGUACUACAGUAUCUUGAGGGCAUUCAACAAGAUGCUAUUACCAUGUUCGACUUUGAGCAUAUAGGAAUUCGCCAAUUGUCGAAAUACGGAGCAAAUGCCAAGAAUGCCAGCGAAUUCCAAACACUGCUGGAAAUCCAGCCGAAUGGAGACGAUAGUGAAGCGGCAGAUACAUCCGUCGGAUCAUGGCUUCCAGUGUCUGAUCUCAAGGGUUUCACAAACUACGCCCUGACCCUUGACUGUAUCGUCCACAAAGAUAAAAUAGUCAUGCGAGCAAGUGUCGACACUAGAGUCAUCUCCUCUGAAGCGGUCACAAGUCUACUUGCGCGAUUCGAAGUAGCCUUUUGUGGUCUUUACAAUGCUCCAGACGACCAGAUCCUAGGUGAUAUCAACGUCUUGACCAAAUUGGAGCAAAAGAUGAUUUGGGAAUGGAAUUCUGUACGUCCCGAAGCCUCUAAAGACUGUCUUCAUAGAAGGAUCAAAGACUGGGCUGUCCGCUCUCCAAAUGCACCAGCAGUUUCUGCUUGGGAUGGCGAGUUGACAUACCUAGAGCUUGACAAGCUCUCAUCCAGACUUGCUAUGCACUUGGUGAAUCUGGGAGUAGGCCCCAAAACAAUUGUUCCAUUGUUCUUUGAAAAGUCUGUCUGGACUGUUGUUUCGGUCCUCGCUGUUUUGAAAGCUGGUGGUGCAUUUGCCUUGUUGGACAUGGGCUUGCCAGAGAACAGACUACACUCUGUCAUUAAGCAGUGUCGUGCUACUGUUGUUUGUUCAUCUACCAAGAAUCAACGCCUUUGCAGCUUACCAACAACGGAAGUGCAGAUCAUUGACGCACAAUCAGCCAAAACAUGGCCAAGUUUACAGACCAUUGAGGAUGGAAUACUUCCACCUUAUAGGUCUGAUUUGCCUCUCUAUAUUUGCUUCACAUCAGGAAGUACGGGUAAUCCGAAGGGUAUUGUCAUCACACAUGAGGGAUUCGCAACUACGCUGGAUGCCCAGUACGAGGUGCUCGGAUUCAACAACAAGUCUCGCGUGUUCGACUUCGCUUCAUACAGCUUUGAUGUUGCCGCUCACAACGUUAUGACAACGCUAGCCACGGGAGGCUGCCUGUGCAUUCCAUCAGAUGACGAACGAAAGGACAACAUUAAUGCCGCUAUCCAGAAGUCACGAGCCACCUUAGUCAACCUGACAGCAACCGUUGCUCGACUUUUAAAACCUGAUCUUCUUCCAGAUCUAGAAACUCUUCUCCUUUUGGGCGAAGCCGUUGCUGUUGCUGACCUAGACGACCUCUGGGGUAAGGGCAAUUUAACGAUCAUCAAUACAUAUGGCCCUGCCGAAUGCACUCCUAUUAGUACCAUCAAUCUUACCGCAACCACCCCUACGGAAGCCACUGGCAUUGGCAAGGGCUUUGGAAUUGCCACAUGGGUGGUCGAUCCUGAUGACCAUGAGAAGCUAGUUCCAGUUGGUGUUGUUGGAGAGCUUCUGUUGGAAGGCCCGGCGCUAGCACUCGGAUAUUUGGGAGAUGCUGAGAAGACUUCGAAAGCAUUCAUUCAAAAUCCCCAAUGGUUACUUGAAGGAGCCCAUGGUUACGCUGGCAGACAGGGCAGGUUGUACAAGACAGGUGAUCUCGUUAAAUACAACCUUGACGGCAGCCUCUCAUUUGUUGGCCGAAAGGAUACCCAGGUGAAGAUUCGCGGUCAACGUCUCGAAUUAGGCGAAAUCGAGCACCAUGUCCGGGAGUGCAUGGCCAGCACUGGUCACUUUCCCGUCGUUGCCGAUGUCAUCACGCCUGGUGGCACAAAGGAUAGAGCUAUGCUUGCCGUAUUCAUCGUCAUGGAUGAAGACAGCGAUUCCAGCAGUACCAGCGGCAGCACCACAGGCAGUAGCAGUGGCCAUAGCAGUAACGCCAGUACUUUGUUUGAGUCCCUUUCAAGCGUUUCUGAUGUUCUGGAGCUAGUGGCGCUCAACUCUUCAGUGGUCCAAGACUUGUCUGAGCGCCUGCCUUCAUACAUGAUACCAUCGGUUUACUUCAGAGUACCAUCUUUCCCGCUGACGCCUUCGGGUAAGACUGAUCGCAAGCGCCUCCGCGAAUUGGGCUCUGCCAUGUCAACGGAACAGCUCGCCAAGAUGAGAUCGACAAAACCUGACAACACGGAGAAAAGACAGCCGACCACCGCCAAUGAAAUCCUCUUCAGGGAUAUUUGGUCAGCGGUGCUUUCUAUUGACGCGGACAGCAUCGGCUUAGAUGACAACUUCUUUAGUCUUGGUGGUGAUUCCGUUAUUGCUAUCCAACUUGUCGCUGAAGCCAGAAAGCAUGACAUCUCGUUGACCGUUGGCGACAUAUUCCGGAACCCAGUACUUCAUGAACUGUUCAAAACGGCUCAGUAUGCCUCCGAUAACGACGACUACACAGAUGUAGCUCCCUUUGAGCUUCUGGCUACAGCUAGUCAACCAAGUGACCUGAAGACUGACUUUGCGAAGCUCUGCAGCGUUGACCCAUCAACCAUGGAGGAUGGAUAUCCCUGUACUACGCUGCAGGAAGGUCUUAUGUCUCUGACUGAAAGAACUACAGAUGGCUAUAUCAUGCACGCUCGACUUAACGUCUCCCCCACCACGAACAUCAAAGCACUUAUGGCGGCUUGGGAAGAUGUAUUUACUUCUAUUCCUAUUCUGAGAACAAGAAUUGUACAGCAUAGCGACUUUGGACUCGUACAAGUCGUUCUACGCUGUAGCAUUCAAUGGAUAGUGGUAGACGAUAUCCACAAGUACACUGCGGAAAUGGAUCGUAUGCCCAUGGGAUUGGGUUCGUCUCUAUGCAGAUUUGGCUUGAUCCAAAACGGCAAGGGUGUUGUAACUCAACUGUUACUCACUAUUCAUCAUGCUCUUUAUGACGGAAAUUCGAUUGCUUUGCUAUUAAAUCAUGUGUCAUCAGCAUAUCAAAGCCGAGCGAAGGACAACAGCGCAUACCAAUUCACAACACCAAUGUUUAACGUAUUUAUCAAACAUACAGUCACCCGCAAAAUUGGGAGCCAGGAAUUCUGGGCGUCGUAUCUUUCAGAUGUCGAAGCUAUUCCAUUCCCCUUGGUUCAUUCACAACCAGCGAUUGUCCCUUCAUAUCUCUCUCAAGAACAUGGACUACGACUACCCGCGAAGCCAAAGCAACAAUUCACGAUGUCAACGAUUAUUCGUGGCGCACUGGGACUUCUUAUUUCCCGACACACAGCGGUCAACGAUGCAGUAUUUGGAGCCGUCUUAUCCGGACGAAAUGCAUCACUUAAUGACGUUGAUACGCUAGUCGCGCCGACGAUUGCCACCGUACCACUAAGAGUUCGAUUCGAUAAACAAGCGACUAUUGAAGAGUACUUGUACAUGAUUCAAAAUGAUGCCACGUCUAUGAUUGACUACGAGCAAACUGGUUUGCAAAGCAUUGCCAAAAUUAAUGACGAAACGCGCACUGCCAGUGAUUUCCGCACACUCCUGGUUGUCCAACCAGAUGAUGAUUUGGAAGACGCAGAUGAAGAUCUUGGUUCCUGGGAUCUCAUGGCCAAUACAACCGCGUUUGCUUCAUACCCUCUAAUGCUUGAGUGCUUCUUGCAUAAGACAGGAGAGACGGUCCGGUGCAAAGCAACUUUUGAUACGAAUGUAAUCUCUCCAGAGUUUAUGGGCAUUCUUCUGAAACAAUUCUCGUCGCUCGUUGAGCAGCUGAUUGGAGGACAGCCUGAUCAACAGCUUGCGACCCUGAACUGCACAACCGUCGACGAGCUAGAUGUUAUUUGGGACUGGAAUAAGUCUAUUGCCGAGCUUCAGUUUGACUGCACGCAUCAUAUCAUUAGUCGACAGGCCAAGUUAUAUCCUGAAGCCUCCGCUAUAUGUGGUUUUGAUGGAGAUUAUUCUUAUCAAGAACUUGAUGAUAUGUCUUCCCGUCUUGCCUUGCUUCUGGUUAAAAACGGAUUAGAAGCUGGAAGUAUUGUUCCGAUUUGCUUUGAAAAAUCAUCCGCAACCAUCAUUGCAAUGCUGGCGAUUAAUAAAGCAAACUGCUCAUUCGUGCCGUUGAACCCGGCCGAUGGUUCGCAUCGUCAUGAAUACUUGAUUCGCGAGACGAAAGCUACUAUCGUUUUGUAUUCACCAACAACGGAAUUCCAGUUAUCGACCAUAACAGCAUCUUUGGGCUGCUCUUCGAUGUGUAUCACACGGGAUUUUAUCUCUCACUUGCCACUUACUCAUAAUACCCUCCCUGUUUCUACAGGAGAGAGUGGCAUAUACAUACUGUUCACAUCUGGAAGUACGGGAACCCCUAAAGGUGUUGUUUUGAAACACAAGUCAGUCGUCACCAGCUGUUAUAAUCACGGUGAGCGUUUCGGAUUCAACGAAUAUUCGCGAGUGUUGCAAUUCUCAUCUUACACGUUCGAUGCCGCAAUUUCGGAAAUCUUUGCAACUCUCAUGCACGGCGGCUGCGUGUGUAUCCCCUCCGAGCAAGAUCGUCUAUCGAAUCUCGCAUAUGCGAUAUCCAGCAUGGAUGUUAACACUACGAUGAUCACACCUACGGUAGCACGAAUGCUUGAUCCGAACUCGGUUCCCUCAUUGCACACCCUCAUUCUGUGUGGCGAAGCAGUUUCAACUGCUGAUUACCAAAAGUGGUUGGCUCUUCCUAGACUCAUCAACGGUUACGGACCAACAGAGUGUAGUAUCUACGCCGUUACAGCUACUUAUGAGGAGGUUUCCGCCCACCAUGGAUGUAUUGGCCUAGGGGUGGCCUGCGCUACAUGGGUUGUGAACCCAGAUAACCAUCAGCAGCUUGCACCUCUCGGAGCCAUCGGUGAGCUUCUAAUUGAAGGCCACACUGUAUCCGAAGGUUAUUUGAACAGUCCGGAAAAGACAAACUCCGUUUUCAUUAACAGUCCUGAAUGGCUUCGUACUGGCCACGGGCAGCACGCUGGCCGCCAGUCAACCCUCUACAAAACGGGAGAUCUUGUCCGCUUCAAUUUGGACGGCACACUUUCUUUCAUCUCUCGCAAAGAUACCCAAGUCAAGAUCCGCGGCCAACGCCUCGAGCUUAGCGAAGUUGAACAUCAGACUUUGGCAGUAAUCCGGAACGCCGAGCAAGCUCUCGCUGAAGUUAUAUACCCCGGCAACGAAAAGUCUCGUGCCAUGCUAGCCGUGUUUUUAACAUUUAAUGAGCUAGGGCAGACUUUCGAUGAUAGCUUCAUCUCUGGAACUAGUCUUGCGGACGGUAUUCGUCAUGUGUGUCCCAAAAAUAAUGUCACGAAUCAACUCUCAGAACGCCUGCCCGGUUACAUGGUUCCAUCGAUUUACUUCAUGGUGGAUUCUAUGCCGCUAUCCUCUUCAGGCAAAGUCAAUCGCAAAUGCUUGCGCUCUGUAGGAGCGCAAAUAUCUGCUCAAGAGCUUGCCAACAUGCAACGAGAGACUUCUACAGAUUCUAUUGAGCCGCCCAAGACACCCGAAGAGGAACGCCUUCAGCUUCUAUGGGCUAGCGUUCUUAAUGUCGACAGAGAAUUGAUUAGCAGGCAAGACAACUUCUUCCGUUUGGGAGGUGAUUCAAUUGCAGCCAUGAAACUUGUCAGCUUAGCGCGUGCUCAGAACGAUGCGCUGACAGUUGGUCAAGUGUUCCAGGCUCCAACGCUAUCAGCUCAAGCAGCGAUAUUAAGAGGAGUUUCGGAGGACGAACAACCUGAAGAAAUCCUACCCUUCUCUAUUGUUGAUGUUGGUACACCAGAUGAUCUUGCUUGUUUCUGCUCUUUAUCACCAGCCGAGAUUUUGGACGCAUAUCCUUGUACCGCGAUGCAAGAAGGAUUGUUAUCCCUGUCCAGCAAAACGAGCGGCGAUUACACCCUCCAAGCAGUUCUCGAGCUAUGCGAUACGGUCGACGUAUCACAGUUCAGGGCCGCAUGGCAGCGAACUGUAGAAUCUCAUGCAAUCUUGAGAACCAAGAUUAUCCAGCAUGACCAGCUGGGUUUGCUACAGAUUGUUCAUAACAAGCCAAUUCGAUGGGGUGAAGGUCGCAGCCUGUCUGAAUAUCUCACUAAGGAUAAUGGUCUACCAAUGUCUAUCGAUGAUGACCUUUGCCGAUUCGCAUUGAUUCGAUCUGAAACAUAUACGAAUUCAACAUACUUUGUCCUCACCAUCCAUCACGCACUAUAUGAUGGAUGGUCACUCUCUACAAUGCUUCAAGAUGUUGAAAGAUUCUACACUGGUAACUUGCACGCCAGUACUCGCCCUCAAUACAAUGCUUUUAUUAAGCAUGUCUGGCAAAACCACCAUGAAUCAAACGCAUACUGGCGUGAAUAUCUAUAUGGUGGCGACUUCACCAUCUUUCCGUCAACACCAUCAGUUGUCACUGAGCGUUCCAUGCGAUCAUUUACGCAGGAUUUUCCAUUUUCUCAAGACAAAGGUUCAGAAACGACUGUUGCAACUCUUAUUCGCGGAGCUCUAGCUCUUCUUAUAAGUCAAUACUCCAAUAAGGCAGACGAUAUCGUCUUUGGAGCGACAGUUUCUGGUCGUAAUGCACCCGUGGCUAACAUCACCGAUAUUGUUGGACCGACGAUUGCAACUGUUCCCAUCCGUAUCCGCCCUAUACAGCAUCAAAAUGUUGCCGAGUAUCUCUCUCUUAUUCAGCAGCAAGCGGUGGAAAUGGAGAGCGAAGCUCAUGAACAAGCUGGUCUACACAACAUUGCCAAUAUUAAUACUGCAUGCCGCAAUGCUUGUGGUUUCCAAACUCUUCUUGUCAUUCAGCCUCGGGAAAAUGAUUUUGAAGACGACAACAGUCUAGGAAAAUGGAUUUCAGACAAGAACCAGAACAAGGAAUUUGCAUUUUCCACUUACAACCUUACAUUGGAAUGCUUUAUGAAGGCUAGCACCAUUUCAAUCCGCGCAACCUUCGAUGAACGCACUAUUGAAUCAUGGCAACUAAAACUCGCCAUUGAUCGCUUUGGUGAAAUACUACAGAAGCUGAGCGAUGCGCCCUCGACAACUGUUUUGGCUGAUCUAGGCUGUCUGUCCGCCAGUGAGGCUGCGAAGCUUUGGGACUGGAAUCGCACCGUACCAUUGCCAGCGUCUCAGACCAUUGUUGACAUCAUCGGUCAGCAAGCAGCUCAACAACCUCAGGCCUGUGCUGUGUCUGCUUGGGAUGGCACCAUGACCUAUAAUGAGCUAGAUGAGCUGUCAUCGUUGCUUGCACAGCAUCUUGAGAUACUGGGGGUAGGCCCAGAGACCAUUGUGCCUAUCUGCUUCGAGAAGUCUAUGUGGGUAAUUGUAGCAAUGUUAGCUGUUAUCAAAGCCGGCGGUGCUUUCGUUGCUCUAGGAGUCAACGAUGCUCCCGAUCGCAGAUUGCAUCUACUACAUGAGACCAAUGCUCGAGUAGUGUUGACUUCAAGGGCCUGCAAAAGCAUCCAACUAUCAGAGAGAUGUAUGUCUGUGGUUGUUGAUCGCACACUCAUCUCUCAGCUUAGAAACGCCUACAUGGGCGCUCAUUACGCUAGCCUGGCACAGGCUAGCUCACCUAUGUACCUGAUCUUCACUUCUGGCAGUACCGGAAAACCCAAGGGCGUUGUUCUUGAGCAUUCAGCUGUUGCCCUAAGUUGUCUCUCACAUGGCUCAGUUUAUGAGUUCAGUAACGAGACGAAGAUUCUUCAGUUUUCUUCUUACAGCUUCGAUGCCAGCAUCGUCGAAAUCUUUACGGUACUUGCAUUUGGUGGACGCGUUUGUAUACCAUCUGAGGAUGAUCGAAUGAGCGAUCUGAUCGGCGCGAUUCAGCGAUUUGAUAUCAACACAUUGCAGAUAACACCUACAGUGGCUCGAACAAUACAGCCAGUGGCGGUGCCAACUGUCAAUACCAUCAUUCUUUGUGGCGAGGCAGUUACACACGACGACUAUUUGCAAUGGAAAGACUUGCUCCACGUUAUGAAUGGCUACGGUCCUACUGAGGCAGCCAUUUGUUCGACAAUUCAGGUCCUUUCGGGCGGUCGAGGUUCUCUUGACAGCAUAGGUCAUGCUGUCGGAUGUACAACUUGGGUCGUCGAGGAGGACAAUUCCGAUUGCCUCGCAGCCCUUGGUACUAUUGGCGAGCUCUUGAUUGAAGGAAAUACCCUGGCUCGUGGGUAUCUGAAUGAUAUUGAGAAGACUAGGGCGGCUUUCAUUGAAGCCCCCAGCUGGCUUCUAGAUGGAUAUGGUGGUCAUAAAGGACGCGAGAGUCGCUUGUACAAAACGGGUGACCUCGUCAGAUACAAUGAGGAUGGAAGUUUGAGUUAUAUUGGGCGAAAGGACAACCAGGCCAAGAUAAGAGGACAGAGACUUGAGCUGGGAGAGAUUGAGCAUUACGUUCGUGAUGCUGCAGAUGGACUACGAGAGGUUGCGGCGGAAGUGAUAGUACCUGGGGAUGAGAAGGAUCGGGCUGUGGUUGCUGUUUUCUUCACCACAGAGCAAGAGAUGGAAUUGAAAUGGAAUUUCACAGCAGUGGAUAACGGGGUUGAGCUUGUCAGUCCCCCUCACGAUUUGACGGUUGAGCUGUCUCAGCACCUACCGUCUUACAUGAUCCCUACAGUUUACUUCCACCUGUCUGAGCUGCCACUCAUGGUUUCGGGCAAGACGGACAGAAAGAAGCUGAGGUCGAUAGGCUCUGGCAUGACGCAUGCUCAGAUUGCUGAAUUAGCCCUCAAGAGUGAAGUAAAUGUGGAGAAACGCCCGGCCCAGUCGCACAAUGAAGUUAUUUUGCGAGGGCUCUGGGCCAAGGUCUUGGGAACCGAAGAGACGAGAGUCGGCUUAGACGACAGCUUUUUCCGAGUUGGUGGUGAUUCCAUCACUGCCAUGCGUCUCGCUGGCCUAGCCCGCAAUGCUGGGUUCUCACUUUCAGUCAAAGAGAUAUUCGGCGAACCUGUGCUUGAGCUGCAAGCCAAAAUCAUGACUGUCGUAUCUGAUGUGGCUCCCAUGUCAGCACCAUUGUUGCCUUUUGAACUUAUCAAGAGCUCGCAGCGAGAUCAGAUUGUCGACAUGAUAACAGCUCAAGCAAAACCAUAUAAGAUUCAGGAUAUUUAUCCUGCGACAGCCUUCCAGAAGGACACAAUUCAGCAUAAUCUUGACACCAACAGUCAAGGAUACAACUACUUUUUCUUCGAUCUCGGAACCGGCAUUGACAAAGAUCGUCUUUUCUCAAGCUUCCAGGCGACCGUUGAUCGCUUUGCCAUGCUGCGAAUGUUGUUCAUAUCGGUAAAGGAUAACCUAUGGCAAGUGAUUGUGGAGGAGAUGACCAUUGCACCCAUCUUCCUCCGCGCCGACACUGAUAUGGAUGCUGCUUUCAAGUUGAUGUGUGAAAACGAUAUUGCCCAAGGCUUCCACAUGGGCGAGCCUUUGACAGCGUUUAUGCUCAUCCGAGACAAGAGCGGCAAUUACAGGAUGGUAAUGAGACUAUCCCACACCCAAUACGAUGGUGUCAGCUUCCCCAUCAUGGUCCAAACUUUGAUGGACUCUUACAACAACAGCAAACCACCAUCUAUGAAGGAGUUCUCGCUUUACCUUCAACACGCGGCGAACAACAUGGAAUCCGGUCUCUCUCAUUGGAAGAACCUCUUAUACGACGCUCAACCUACUGUUCUUCCCAUGCUUCUCUCGAUACCAGAUACCCAUGCGCCACCCUCAAAGAUCUUCUUGGAGCAGUCAAUUUGCAUCAACACCCCACUGCCCGAGAACAUCACAAUGGCCACCGUUACCAACGCAGCAUGGUCGGUGGUCCUAUCCAGCCUUGUCGGCCGACAAGACGUCAUCUACGGCAGCCUCUCUACGGGUCGUAACUCGAACCUGCGCGGCAUCGAGGAAGUUGUCGGCCCAUGCAACAAUGUACUCCCCAUACGAGCUACCCUUGGUGAUCAAAUGACCCCCAUGCAGCUCUUUUUCAUGUUGCAAACACAAGUGCUCGCCUCCAGCGAGGCUGAUUUCGUUGGUCUCGAGGAUAUUGUCAAAGAAUGCACCUCUUGGCCAGUGGCGACUCGUUUGGACACAAUUAUUAAACACCAGGGCAUUGACGAAAACUACCAGUUUGGAUUUGGCGGCAACGCUAUUGGAGCAGGCUACUUCGAUAACCCCCACGAUGUACCUGCUUCGUAUCUUGGCAUAUUCACCUAUCCCACCGCAGAUGGUGUCAAGAUUCAAGUCAUUUCCAACACCCAUGUCGUCAGCUCUACCAAUGCCGCUAUGCUCUUGCGCUGCAUGAGCCUGGCGGUUCCUACUCUCCUUGCAGGCAAGGAUGAGUCUCUUUCGCUUUGCCUUCACCAGAUUGCUUCACUCAUGGCAAAGCAGUAAUUUCCAUUCUUUUCCCAAAAAUCACAGAUUGGUCCUUGUUGUUUACUUGAUACUUACAGGAUUAUUUCUCAUGUUUCCUAUGUCUUUGCUAUUGUCUUGUUGGGUUAUUAUUGCUUUUAGUUGAUAGUUUAAUAGUUAUUUGAUAGUUCAGUUUAAUUUUGAGUUUCACACACCCUGGUUUCCCUUCUUAUGCC